GGGCUUUGCACAGAACUGCUCCCCGGCGCCUCCUGCAGCGCCCCGGGCCGCCCGAGCGGAGCUGGGCAGAUGAAUUGCCCUGAGCGGUGGAUCCCGGCUUUAAUCACGCCCCCUCGUUUACGUUUUCAGGAGAGAUUUGAAUUCACUGCAUCGCAGAGCUGAGUGCGUGAAAACAAAUAGAAACUGCAUCAGAGUCAUUUCUCCGGACUGUUUCCCCACCAUGUCUGAUAUUGGCACCACGUUAGCCUAUGCCAAGAGCCCCAAAGUCUCCAAGAGAACGGCUUUUCAGGAUGAGUUACAAGAAGCGAUUUCUGCUCGUUCAGCAAGAAGGCAAACUUCUGAAUACUCAGAUGACUUUGACAGUGAUGAAGAUGAUGAAGUGAAACAGCAACAGAGGACGAUUUUGAAAAGUCAGAACUUGAGUGAUGGCAGAGAUGAUGAAACAGAAUGUUCAUUCACUGAAGAGUCAACUUGUGAUGAUAGUGAAGGUGACCACUGUAAUCAAUCAUAUAUGGCUGUACUGCAGAAUGAAAGGGAAGAAAUUAUUCAACAUGAAUUUGAAAACAAACCAGUACCAAAGCUAAGGGAGUACAGAAUCAAAAAUAUAUCAUCAGCUGAGAAUGUCAGCAUUUCUACUCUGGAUGAUCGUUGUAAACCAUCACCUCAACCAAGAAGCGUGUUAAGAAAAAGCAGUCAUAUAGAAGACAAAGAUGUUACCAGGGCAGAAGACAAAGCUUCUUCUAGUUGCAGAUUAUCUUCAUUUUCUGCACCAUCAUCCCUAACUAGGUUGAGUGACAAAAUAACUUCUGAGAAAAGGGCCCUUGCUGAAAGCCCUAGUCCUGAGGGUCCAUGGCUAACAAGCUCUUCACCACCAUUCCCUAUUCAUUUUCAUUCAACUGAUGAAACAUUUGGAGAUUCCAAUUUGUUAAUGUGUGGAGAAGGUUCUCCUUCAAAAGGCCAGGAUCAAACAGAAGGUGAUGACUGCAGUGUUUUGAAAUUAGAGAAUAAUGGCAGACAAUCCCCAUCUGUGAUAGAACUAAUGAUGACUACAGUAUAUGAGAAAACUAAGAAACUAGAGAAAUCAACUGAUGACCAGCUUGAAGAACAUUUGCAAACAUUGGAAGAGCAAUUCACUGCUGAUGGCAUAAAGGAAAUGUCACUGAAUGAUCAAUCUGGAGACCUGACGGAAGUGAACACUUCCGAGUACUCAGACAAGAAAGAAAUUGAAAAUAAAGAAACACUUUCUCAAAAAGUGAAACCAUCAGGCAGGUCUCUGUCCUCUACAUAUUUGAAGAAAGCUGGAAAAAACAUCCCUCCAUCUACAACUACAUCUUCUCAAUACUUGGGAACAUUAAAGGUCUUGGACAAUAAACACUUACAAAAAUAUAGUGCUGAGCUUGACAAAGCAGAUAGUUUACGAGCAGCUGUUUAUCAGGAUUGGUUGGAAAAGAAAAGAGUCUUUCUGCUGGAACUGCAGAGAAUUAAAAGGAACAAAGCAGAAAAUUUAAGGAACGCAAAUGAAAAGAAAGAAGCUGCUAAGAAAGAAGAAGCAUUUGCAUCUUUUGAAGCCUGGAAGGCAAUGAAAGAAAAAGAAGCAAAAAAGAAACUAGCUGAAAAAAAGAAGCUUGAGGAGUUAAAGAAACAGAGAGCAGCAGAACUGAAUGAAGAGAAAAAAGAAGAAGCGCAAAAGGCAGCAUUUGAAAAAUGGAAAGAAAAGAAAGCAGAAUAUCUAAGAGAACAAAGUAGAAAGGAAAAACGAGCUGAAAGAAUGAAGAAGAAGAAAGAAGAGGAAGCUAUUGCAGAGAAGAAACGAGACAGCAUGUCUGCCGUUGAUAAAUGGAAUGAGAAAAAGGAAGAAUUUUUAAAACAAAAGAAAACAGAAAAAAUCCAAGAGAAAAGAAAGCAAGAAAUACAUCAGGUUGAGAGGGAAGAAAAAGAUAAAAGGGCUAUAGAGGAAUAUGAAAGAUGGCUGGAAGAGCCACCUCUGAAGGGCCAACUCAGCACAGCACAGAACCAGCAAAGACUAGAGGCAGCACCAGCUGCAAAAGAAAAGAAAGAGAGGAGGGACCAGAUGGAGAAAAAACAAAAGAAGCUCCAGGUUAUCAUUGAGGAUGAAACCCCUCCUCCAUGGAGUCCACCUGGAAAAGCUGUGUCUUCAAGGAGCUACUAAGGUGUCCAUUGCCCUUUGUGAGGAAAGCUCAUGUCUAAAGUUCUGGCACUGUCUAAUCAUCAAUAUUUCACAACAACUGAGUCUAAAGUGAAUUGA